AUGAAUUCACGCCUCCUCAACCAGGAUCAUCUACGCCUGUCUCUGGCAGCUACCAUCAACUUCCUGAUGCCGUGCAUUGUUCACGCGUCAUUUGCCACACCAUCAGACCAUCAAAGAUAUGGUCUAGCAGGUUCUCUAUCAGCAGCUUCCUUGGGAUCUCCUCGCCUUCGCUUCGGGCUACUCGGAGCCUGCUAUGCCGAGUUCGGGGUGAGGGUGCCGAAGACGACGGGUUCCGCCUACAUGUACUCCUACGUGACAGUUGGUGAGGGAGUGGCCUUCAUCAUCGGGUGGAACAUGGUCCUCGAGUACCUCAUCGGUACCGCGGCCUGCGCCAGUGCGCUUUCCGCCUGCUUCAACACCAUAGCUGGGGACCUCAAUUAUCUCCAAUUGCUAUAUUCAUUGAUCCUGAAGGAAGAACAAACUAAUCAUCUAGAAUAUAUCUCUUUAAUAAUUAGAGAAAAGUUCCGGUUCAUUUUCUCUCCAUUACUAAGGACUGUUUGA